CCCAGACCGUUGAUAUGGAGCGUGGCUGGGGAUUCGAAUGAGGAGGAGGUCGCGUGACGAGAGCUCGAGUGCCAGCUCGGUCGGUCGGGUGGGUUCGGAAGGGAAGUCCUCGUUCUGCCCGAUUCCGCGACGGGCCUCGGAGAGUACAUGAGCAUGGGAAGGGGUCGAUCCCAGGGCGCAAAUUGGGACACAGACGAAAGGGCAAUUCAUACGCAAAGGUCGCGCAUGAUGUACAACAUUCGUCCCAAGUACUCGGGCAUGCCUCGACGAAUCAACUCGGAAAAUUCUUGCUCUGGACCUCCUUCUCCUCCUUCUACGUCUUCGGCUGCGUCUUCGGUUGACACUCGGUCGAGUUUCCUGGAUGUGGGCCAGGAGUUCGUCGGUACCUAUUACGAUGGACUCCCCGUCGGUGCGUGGAGUGUCAAGCUCUACAUACGAGGAAGUGAUGUAUUAGGGUUUAGGGUGCAUUUUUUUUAUGCAAGUUCCAAGUUUACGGGCCACUUGAUGUGGAAGAAGGUAUAAUUUUGAACAUUAAAAUUGUACCUUCUUCCGGAGCAAGUGGAACUUGCAUAAAGUACAGUGGAACCACCUUCCUAAAUCUCAAGCCUUCCUGGAGAAGGUGGAAUCGAGCAGAGGCUUGCUUCCGGAUACCGCAAGCGAUGAAUGUACAUAUAUGAGAUGGAAGGAUUAUUUCAACCCUCAACUUCUCCCACCCACUAAUCCAGGUUACAUUUCGUGUGUUUUCGAAGAUGCGACGGUAAGAUACACUGAAGGUAUCAAGAUCGCUUUCUCUCAUAAAGGGUCCAUAAUUUUGUGCUGCGACCCACACCAAAUUAUGUGCCCUUGUUGAGUUAAAACGGUCUUCAUGUAUUGUGUGUAUGUUACCGUCUCAUCUUGGCAUAGUUUGGUGUUGCGAGCCACAGUUGAUGGUCAUAGAGGGUAGACCGAGUCCAGGAUUGUGAAGAAGAUGUUUGGAAGCAAGUUUCUAUUUGUGGUUUGGCAUCCCAAACUGUUGAUCACAUGAGCUCGCAGAGGAAAAAUGGAAACUACGGCAUUUGGUCAAAGAGGGUCAGAGGAGAUCCAUAGAUUUUUACUUACUUUGGCUCGUUAUCUCAACUAUCUUCUUUGCAUGAUAGUUUGUGUGAUGUCGCUGGCAGUUGUCAGCGAUCUCCCACAGCUCGCCCUAGUUGAAGUUAAUGAUUAGACCUAAUUAUGAUAACAAGUGAGCA